UUUAUUGUCCAGUUAAAUGGAGCCGAUAGAAGCAGGGAAAGAGAGCGUUAACAGAAAACAUUCAGCACUAUAAGGUUGUGAUUGACAGCUGGAGGCCCCUUGACUGACAGCUCAGAUCAUCACCCUGUCUGAUCUAGAAUGUGACUACAUCAACGCCAGAGCCUGCUGCUCCAAGCUGAACAAAUGGGUAAUUCCAGAGAUGGUGGGCCAGUGUCUCUCCACCAUGCUGAUGCUGGUCUCCAUGCACUGGUUCGUCUUCCUGCUCAACCUGCCUGUAGCAGUCUGGAACAUUUAUAGGUACGUGAAGGUUCCCAUGGGAAACAUGGGCGUGUUUGACCCCACUGAGAUCCACAACCGAGGGCAGCUCAAGUCCCACAUGAAGGAGGCCAUGAUCAAACUGGGGUACCACCUGCUCUGCUUCUUCAUCUACUUGUAUAGCAUGAUCCUGGCUCUGAUCAACGACUGAAGAGCCCAGCAGGGGGCCAAAAUCCAAACUCCAGGCUCUGCUGCAACCCCCNCCCCCCCCCCCCCUACAUCCUGCUCCUGUACUGUAUCCAUACAGUCUUUCAGAACAGCUCAGAGAAGUUUUUCUCUCACUGGUUUACUGAGCUUUGAUUUGAGAUGUCAGACCUGAUUUAAUAAAAUGCAAAAGUUAAUAUUUUAAAUAAACACUUAGUAACAAAAUCUCCUACAACUAGAGACUGUAUUGUGAUGGAGCAAAAUCCAGACUCAUGGGGUGAACAACAACUAGGCCUGUUGUGUGCAUUGAGUUGCUUUCACAUGAUUGGUGACGGACUGAUGAUGACAUACACACGAAGAUGUACCUGAUGAGGGGGCUACUGAGUGUGUAUUCUGAUAUUCUGAGCUGUGGUACAUCCUGGCUGCUGGCCCUCUAUCAGCUAAACCUGACAUAAAGCAGCAGUGAUUGACUUCCUGCCCGGGCUUUAAAGACCAGCUGUUUGAAAUCAGUACGAUGUGUAACUCCUCCCAUCAGUGUGUGAGCUGCUUAGAUGCAUGUUUAAUUUAUCUUGACAUUUUUAAGAAGAAUACUGGCGGUCUUAACUGAUGUACUUUCUGUCUCCGACUCCAUAACAAAGAAAUCGUGGGCCAGUAGGGUCUCUCUGUUUGGCCUUUCAAAUAGUAACAAAGUCAAAGAAAAGGCAAAAAUGUCAUCAACAGAUUAAAAAAAAAAAAAAAACUGGUAGGAAGAAGCCAUAGGACAACAUUGAGUUUAGGAUCCUACUCACUGGGCUUUUAAGAAGAGAUUUUAAAA